AUGCUGGCAGUCUCAACGCGACCAAAAGCAGUGAUUAAGCAACGCCUUAAGCGCCCUUCAACUGGAGGAGGCCAGUCGCUGCUCGCUGUGGCGCGCAACUGCCGGGAGUGUGGGGAGCGGCUGACGGCGCUCGAGGGCGCUCUGCACAUUUGCCCGGCGAACUUCCAGUGGAACUUUCCAGCAGAAGCUGUGGGCAGUGCGCCCAGUUCAGAAGGCCCCUGCCGUGUGGUUCGGCUGGGUGCAAACGCACGGAAAGGUGCAGCUGAUUCACAACUGGUGGAACUUUGGGAAAACAUCCAGAAAACACAGCUCUCACAUAUCUUGGAGCUUCCAUCAGUGGAGCAGCUGGCCACCAGGAGAGUGAUUCUUUUGUUGGCCUUGCGAGGCAAGCAUGUCAUUGCUAUGCUGAGUGCAGAGUGCAUCACUGCUGCAGAGCUCCUCCCAGAAUCUCCUUCCCCCCUUUCCACCACGAAAGAUGCUUUGCGCAAGCAGUUUCGCAUGGCUGAAGCGCUACCACCUGGAAAGGGAUGCCUGCUAGAUGGCCUGAUGGCAACAGCCUCAACGUGCUCGACACCAUCCAUCCCGUCAACACCUGAGGCCUCAGUACCACCUGCGCCGGUGCGAACCCCGAGCCCACGAGCCAGGCGUCUCCGAGAGCCUCUUCUCGGUAUCUCGGUGAUUUGGACACGACGAUCUGAGCGGCGCCGGGGCCUGGCAAAGGCUUUGGUGGACUGUGCUCGGCAAUUGCUGGCUCCCAACAGGCGCGUGGCCUUCUCACAGCCAACAGAGCUCGGCCGAACUUUUGCUGAGCACUACAUCCAAAGGACAAAGGACCUGAAGGAGAACAGCGAAGUGUUGAUUUACGGAGCCUGA